AUGCCCGACAAGUCGUCGUCGGUCGUAUCGUAUGCUGCGGGAGCUUCUCUCGCCGCCGUCGCCCUCAUCUACGUGUUUGGACCCAACUUUACCAUCGACCAUGAGACGAGUUCCAAGAAGAAGACGGUCGUAGGUCUGCGGAACCAGGCCAACGAUUGCUUCAUCAACUCUGUCCUCCAGGCUCUCGCUGGCCUUGGCGACCUCCGCGUCUAUCUGAUUCGUGAAACCCACCGUCGUCGCAUCGAAGAUCCCGCCGUGUAUGCCAACCUUGUACAACCCGACGGCACCGCUAGGCUGGAGCAGUGGAAGCUGCAGGGUCUGCAGGAUGGUCUGGUGACGCAGGGUUUGAAGGAGAUGCUGGAUGCUCUCAACGAGAGGCCGAUCUAUAAAAAGUCCGUGUCACCGUUCCCCUUUGUCAAGGUGCUCGAGGUGGCUUUUAAGCAACGCAUCAGCAGGCAGCAGCAGGAUGCCCAGGAGUUCCUGCAGAUUGUUGCUGAGCGCCUCAAGGACGAGUAUCAUGCUGGACAGAGGGCGAGGUUUCAUGCGCGGAAGAAUGGGCUUCUGCAUGCUGCUGCAGGCGGAACGGAUAGUCCCAUCAACGGCAGCCGGAAUUCGGAUGACGGUGCUACGAAUGGCGGCGGCGUUGCGAAUGGCGCCAAUGGGCACGGUGGGCACGAGUCUGGCGCGUCUUCGCCGACAUCACAGGAGGCUACUGGUCCUGAGAUACAGUUACAAGUGCCGCUUGAGCUGGAAGAAGGGUUCCCCAUGGAAGGGAAGUACGAGUCGCAUCUCGAGUGUCAGACUUGCAAAUACAAGACGAAGCCCAGGGAGGAGACGUUUUGUACCCUGACCAUUGCCGUUCCGCAGGUUUCUUCAACGUCGUUGAAUUCCUGCUUUGACGGGGUGUUCAAGACCGAAUACAUUGACGACUUCAAGUGUGAAAUGUGCAGGCUGAUGCACGUCAAGGCGAAUUUGGAACACGAAGUGGCGCGGUCGAACUCAGAGAGUUUUAUUGCGCAAGCCAAGGACAGCAUUGCGAAGUUACAAAGGGCAAUCGACACGGAUCCCGAACAACCUCCAGAGGACGUCGACCUGGGGGAUAUUCGAUAUGCGCCGAAGCGCAGAAUAGCCAAGACGACUCGCAUUUCCAUCUUUCCCAAAAUCUUAGCCCUCCACCUGUCACGUUCCAUCUACGGCGUCGGGCAAAUGACGCAGAAGAACUCAGCCAAGGUGGCAUUCCCGGAGGAGCUCCCGCUGGGAGGCUUGAUGGACCAGCACCGGUACAAGCUUCUCGGCACGGUGACGCACCGCGGCGGCCACAACAGCGGUCAUUACGAGGCCUUUCGACGGCAGAACCAACCGUCACCAUAUCACAAUGCAAAUACGUUUCAGCAGUCCGACGUCUACAGCAGGACGCCAACACCCAUCUCUACGCCCGAAAUCGCGUCCCGACCAACCCUCAGCCCGGCCAUCUCAACACCGGAUCUGCUCUCCCCGUCCCCCGCAACCAACUCAUCCACACCGUCACUCAUCUCCAUGGCCGCCCCCCCUCGCAGCGUGCCCGCCGAGUCCAACUCCCCAGCCAGUUCGUCCAACGGCAAGGAAAGGGACACAGACACCAGCAGCGUCCGUUCCGUCGCUGCCUCCACAAAAUCAGCCCUCUCGAAGCUAGCAGCCUCCAAGAACGCGGACCUCAGAAAACUCCCCUCCAAUGGUGGCCCCAAGAAACCGAAGCGGCGGAAGCCAGCGGCCGACAAAUGGUGGCGCGUGAGCGACGAAAAGGUCCGUGAAGCAAAGACGAGUGAGGUGUUGGGCAUGCAGAGGGAGGUUUACCUAUUGUUUUACGAACUGGAGAGGUGA